ACAUGCUUCGAAGUAUACAACAUGUCGAAGCCCUCAGCAGUCGUCAAAUUUCGACAACAUCGAUGCUUCUCAAGAACAGAGCGGGUAAAACCAAGUCUACAUCAAAUAGAACACAACUUCUUACAUACGAAAUGGCUCAAAAACCACAUCAUAUUGGCGUGCGAAAAUCGUGGCUCACAUGGCAUUCACAGAAUCUCGAAGAAUUCCGUCAAUCUCAACCACUGGUUGUUGCACAAGAUGAAGUUGUUCGUCGGUUCAUUCGAGGAUUUUUCCCACAAAAUUUAGUCGUUAGUGGAAAUGAGAUUGUAAUCAAACGACGAGGAAACGUACUGAUCGUUGCCGGAUUCCUUCAAUAUUCGCGUCGACUCGAUAUUCGAAGAAUCUACUGGAUGUUCGGGUUUGCAGAAGAAUUUCUUUCCAUUCUUCUGAAACAACCAGUGAAGCUAGAAAUGGCAUUUGUGGAAUCCGAAGAAGAUGUAGCAUACAACUAUAUCUAAAACUUUCAUCUUUGUUAUAGAACCGAAAUACCGUAGUUUUAUUUUACUUCUUUAAUUGUUUCUGUUGUGUUCCAAAAAACAAAAUAAAUCUGAAUUUUGGCAU